AGGGCUGUUAGUAAUGACGCAGCAUCCGGUUAAGCCUCUCCCGCCAGUCCUCCCUCCGCGCAUGCGCACUGCGCCCAGCGCGUGCUGCUGAACACCACGUGCAAGAGGAGAGGCCCAGGCGAGCAGCAUGGCGGAGGCGGCAGAUGCACGCGAGAAGAAAGGCGGCAAGAAGAAGGGAGAGCUGCAGGACCGCGAGAUCGGGGAGAUUCAGCACCACGGAGACUUCCUCAUCAAGCCCUCCGAGUCCACGGUGGCCAAACUCAACUCGGCACAGUGGCCUCUGCUGCUCAAGAAUUUUGACCGUCUGAACGUCCGCACCACCCACUACACGCCGCUCCCUAGCGGAGCCUCUCCACUCAAACGCGAGCUGCAGGAGUACAUCAAGACGGGCUUCAUCAACCUGGACAAGCCAGCCAAUCCGUCGUCCCACGAAGUGGUGGCAUGGAUCAAGCGCAUCCUGCGCUGCGACAAGACGGGGCACAGUGGCACGCUCGAUCCCAAGGUCACGGGCUGCCUCAUCGUGUGCAUCGACCGCGCCACGCGUCUCGUCAAGUCCCAGCAGAGCGCCGGCAAGGAGUACGUGGGGAUCGUUCGUCUGCACAGCGCCAUCGAGAGUGAACUGCAGCUCACCAAGGCGAUGGAUACCCUGACGGGGGCCCUGUUCCAACGGCCGCCCCUCAUCGCCGCCGUCAAGCGCCAGCUUCGCGUGCGCACCAUCUACGAGAGCAAGAUGAUCGAGUACGACCCAGAGCGCCGCCUCGGUAUCUUCUGGGUGAGCUGCGAGGCCGGCACCUACAUCCGCACGCUGUGCGUGCACCUGGGCCUCCUGCUGGGGGUCGGCGGUCAGAUGCAGGAGCUGCGCAGAGUUCGCUCCGGCGUGCUCAGCGAGAAGGACAACCUGGUGACGAUGCACGACGUGCUGGACGCGCAGUGGCAGUACGACCACAACAAGGACGAGUCGUACCUGCGCAGAGCCAUCUUCCCACUGGAGAAGCUCCUCGUGUCUCACAGGAGGAUCGUCAUGAAGGACAGCGCUGUGAACGCGGUGUGCUAUGGCGCCAAGGUGAUGCUGCCCGGCGUUCUGCGGUACGAGGAUGGCAUCGAGGUGAACCAGGACGUGGUGGUGAUCACCACCAAGGGCGAGGCCAUCUGCGUCGCCAGCGCUCUGAUGACCACGGCGGUGAUGUCCACGUGCAGCCACGGCGUGGUGGCCAAGAUCAAGCGCGUCAUCAUGGAGAGGGACACCUACCCCCGCAAGUGGGGUCUGGGACCCAAGGCGAGUAAGAAGAAGCUGAUGAUCAAGCAGGGCCUGCUGGACCCUCACGGCAAGACCAACGACAAGACGCCCGACGACUGGAAGGAGACGUACGAAGACUACGGUGCCGGCCGGCGCGGUCCGUCAAAGAAAUCUGCGGCAGCCGCCCCGGCAGCGACGGGGGAUGGGGAGGAGGCGGGGAUGCCUCCGGCUAAGAGGAAGCGCGCCGGCGAGAGCGAUGGGGAGGCACGGCAGGCGCCGCCGACAACGCCGCCGUCGCCCGGCAAGAAGAAGAUUAAGAAGGAGAAGAAGACGAAGCUCCUGGCGGAGACAUCCGGCGACCGGGGGAGCGGUGGCGACAGCGGCGGCGACGCCGCAGCAGCAGCGACGCCGUCGUCGUCGCUGAAGAAGAAGGAGAAGAAGAAGAAGAAGAAGGAGGAGGCUAUGGAGGCCUCGGCAGGGACGGCCGAGGAGGAGGAGGAGGAGGUGGACGAGGCGACGAGGAAGAAGCGGAAGAAGAAGAAGAAGCGGGAAGAGGGGGAGGAGUCGGAGUGACGUCACCACGGGGGG